UACACUUUGUUUUUUUUUUUUUAGUUUUUAUAAAAUAUAAAUAAUAAAGUAUUAAGUAAUCUGUGUGUGCAUAAUAAUGAUUCUUGUAGUUACUACACCUGAAAGUUAUUCAUCGCCAAUAAGAGGACAGUAUUCAAAAGUCGUAAUAAAUCUUUUUUAGAAAUGAUAAAAUUUUUACGUAUCUAUGAACAUAUAUAAUCAUAUACUUGUAUAAAAAGUAUAUUUGUAUUUAAUGAUUGUUAUCAGUAAGCUAAAGGAUUUCAAGUCUUCUAUAUGGAAAUGAUAAAUGAUUAAGUUAAUUUCACGUGAUAAUACAUCGACUUUGCAACGAACCAACAUAAACGCGAUUGUAAGAUUUAAAUAUGAAUAUACUACAAAAUUUGUUUAAUUUCUUUAACAUAAUUAUUAUUAGUCUAAUUAUUAUUGCAAUAUGUAUCAAUGCAAAGGAACAAGAACUUCGAUUAGUAAAUGUGGUAUUUAGGCAUGGAGAUCGAACCCCAAACAAAGAAUUAUAUCCAAAUGACCCAUAUAAAGCAUAUGAUUUUUAUCCAAUGGGUUUUGGAGAAUUGACAAAUAAUGGUAAAAAACGUGCAUAUGAAUUAGGACAAUUUCUUAGAUCAAGAUAUAAAAACUUCUUGAGUGACAUUUAUACACCAGAACUGAUAACAACGCGUACGACAGAUUACUCAAGAACAAAAAUGUCGUUAUUACUUGUCCUUGCAGGAUUGUUUCCACCCAAUAAUAUUCAAAAAUGGAACAAUGAUUUAAAUUGGCAACCAAUACCUAUCAAAUAUGAUCCUUGGAUUAAAGAUAAUAUCUUAUUAACUACGGAUUGUCCUUUAUAUAUAAAGGAAUACCAAAGAGUUUUAAAAACACCUGAAGUGAUACAGAAAAUGAAUGAAUUUAGUGAAAUGAAUUCCAAUUUGACAAAGUGGAGUGGUAAAAAUAUUAGCACUCCUUUAGAUAUGUAUUCCUUAUAUAAUGUUCUUAUGGCAGAAUGGAUGAUGAAUCUUCCCUUGCCUGAAUGGACACACUCUGUAUUUCCAGAUGGUCAACUGAAAGAUGGCAUCAUUUACUCUUAUGAAGUUUCUAAUUCAAACACUAAGUUGAAAAGACUUUUUGGAGGUCCAUUGCUAAAAAAAAUGGUAGAAGACAUGUUAGCUUCUAAAGAUGGAAAAUUAAUAAAAAGGAAGAUGAAUUUAUACAGUGGUCAUGAAACAAAUAUUGGUAGUAUGUUAAAUGUUUUAAAUGUGUAUAAACCACAUCUUCCAAAUUUUUCUAGUGCUGUUAUAUUAGAAUUGCUUCAAGCUAACCAGACUUACUAUGUUAAGGUUGUUCAUUACACAGGUAUUCCACCAAAAGCAGUAGAACUCCAAAUACCAAAUUGCCAAGUAUUAUGUCCAUUUGACGAAUUUAUGGAAAUAAUCGCUUCCGUUCUUCCGUCCAAUGAAGAAAUAAUAUGUGACAAAACACAAACGAAUAUGUAAUUUGUUAGACAUACCACAAACUUAUAUAAAAAUUAUAAAAACUAAUAUAUAUAUAUAUGGAAGUGCCUACUAAUAAAAAAUCUUGCGCAUUA